UCGAAAAUUCAACAGAUAAAUAAAUACACAUAAAAUAUGAAAACGAUUUUCGAAUUCUAAUGAAUUUUGAGACAAUAUAUACGGAAUGAUAAAUAGAAUUAAAACAUUAGAAAAAUUUAUUUAUUUGAAUGAAAUUUUAAAUUUAAUAAUAUCAAAAUGACUGAAGAUAGGUUAGUUACAGAAGUACCGAGUAGUUUAAAACAACUUGCUCGAUUAGUUGUUAGAGGAUUUUAUUCUAUUGAAGAUGCAUUAAUAAUUGAUAUGCUUGUACGAAAUCCAUGCAUGAAAGAAGAUGAUAUUUGCGAGUUACUUAAAUUUGAAAAAAAAAUGUUGCGUGCAAGAAUUGCUGUUUUACGUAAUGAUAAAUUUAUACAAGUGCGGCUAAAAAUGGAGACUGGAGCUGAUGGAAAAGCUCAGAAAGUUAAUUAUUAUUUUAUUAACUAUAAAAGUUUUGUGAACGUCGUUAAAUAUAAACUAGAUUUAAUGCGAAAACGAAUGGAAACUGAAGAACGAGAUGCUACAAGCCGAGCCAGUUUUAAAUGUCCUUGUUGUUUGAAAACUUUCACUGAUCUAGAGGCCGAUCAACUGUUCGAUUUUGCUAGCGGAGAAUUUCGUUGUACAUUUUGUCGAGAAAUUGUUGAAGAAGAUCAGUCUGCACUACCUAAAAAAGAUUCUAGACUUCUUUUAGCAAAAUUUAAUGAGCAGUUAGAACCCUUAUACAUAUUACUAAAAGAAGUGGAAGGUAUCAAACUUGCUCCUGAAGUAUUAGAACCUGAACCCGUAGACAUAAAUACUAUUAGAGGUUUGGAUAAUAAGAAAAAUUCACUACUUCGACCACCUGGAGAAGCAUGGUCAGGCGAAGCAACUAGAAGCCAAGGUUUUGCUGUGGAAGAAACUCGUGUUGAUGUUACAAUAGGCGAUGAUAAUAUAACACAGAAUAAUGAAACGCAACGUAAAGAACGUCCUAUUUGGAUGGUUGAAUCAACAGUAAUUACUAACGACAGUUCACAAAUCGAUCUUAAUUCAGGUCAAAAUAAUUCCGAUGCCAUUUUGGAAUCUGCUGCACAGUCUGCAACAGGAGCCAUAGGUAGCAGUACAAGUUCUGGAAAAACUGAUGACAUUAUGAGUGUACUAUUAGCUCAUGAGAAAAAAGGCGCUAAUGUUAAUAAUGCUGUUAAAGGAUUACCCGGAGAAGAAUCAGAUUCUAGUGAUGAUGAUAUGAAUGAAGUUGGACGAUCUCUACAAAAUAUUGUGGAUGAUGACAUAGGUGAAAUAGAAAAUAUGGAUUCAGAUGAAGAUGAUAACACACCAACAGUUACUGUUGGUUCUCGAACAAUUCCAAUUACAGAAGUGAACGAUGCUCUUAUAUCAGAAAUGACACCAACAGAAAAAGAAGUGUAUAUACAAGUUUAUCAAGAAUAUUAUUCGCAUAUGUACGAUUAAUAAUGUGCCUAUAAGAGAUUAGUUAUAGUUGACUUUGUAAUUAUAAUUAUUUUGAGUGU